AUGUUCCCUCAACAUAUUUUCCUUCUGGUUUCGGUAUUCUUGACCACUCAACACGUGAGAAGCAUCGUGGUGGAUUUAGAUUCGCUAGAUACACCAGUGGGUGUCGAUGUAUUUCGCGGUACAUUCCAGGGUGAUGGAAAGUAUUUUUUCAUCAAUGCCUUUGACGCUGAACUGACGAGUAUCAAAUGUGGUUCCUUAGUCCUCGAUUACGGCGCCUUAAAUACCGGCUAUGUGGCGUAUUCGUCUGUUGAAAUCUUUUCACGUGAGAAACGCCUUUUUAUGAGAGUUCUCGCGACGCGUAAUUAUGAAAAUCAAACUAGUCGAUCUAGAAGCCUAAUAGUCUCAAUUAAUAAAACACUCACUAAGAAGUCGAAUGUUGAGAAAUUACUCAGGUUCCUUCGAGGGCCAAUUUUUCUGGAUGUUAACCUUGAUCGAUCCGCGAGGGCGCACCCACUUCUUAAGAGACUAGAUUCUCACAGUUCUCUUGGUAACGAAACCCAGAUGCUCUUGAGAACAAAGUUCAGGGUUCACCCUGAGAGGUAUUUAAACCUGAGCCGCUACUUGACAUACAAAAUUACAACAAUCCAUUUCUCACAGCUACUCACCAUACCGUUAGGCUGUACCAUUAGAAUCAAAGAAACUGCUAAUGAUGUUUAUGUAUAUAGUAACGCAAACCAGGUCAAAAUAUAUUGGAAUACAAAAAACGCAAUCAAUAUUACAGUUGUGCCACUUUUACUGAAUGUUCAAGGGUCGCCGAAUAUGGCGUGUUUGGAAGGUGGUGCCACAGAUAAUGCCGAAUCCAACAAUGUCUACGAGGAUCUAUCGGAAGUGAUGCCCAAACCAUACUCAACACGUGAGAAGCAUCGUGGUGGAUUUAGAUUCGCUAGAUACACCAGUGGGUGUCGAUGUAUUUCGCGGUACAUUCCAGGGUGA